CCGCACACGCGUAGUCGCGACUUCACAUAACGCGUCCAGAUAUCUUCAAUUGCCAAUUUUCUCUCCUGAUCUGACAAUUUAUAAUGCCUCCAGCACGACCCAGAUUCCAGGACCUGCCUCUCAACAAGGACGAUCCGCCAUUCUCAGCAUGGGGACUGUACGGGAAAAACGACACCCUGGGUACCCUAAAUCUCCUUACCCCAGAGGUAGUCGUAGAAGCCGCAAAAGAAAUCAGAACGGGCGUCAGGGUUGGAUUAGACUUCCCAGUGAACUACCUGGCACACCCGACGCACAAUCGGAAAGAGUUCGAGCAUAAGAUUAUCUGGAAGCAACCUCGUGCAGUGCAUGAUGAUGAAGUGAACUUCAACACGCAGAUUUCUUCCCAGUGGGAUGGCUUUGCGCAUUACGGGUACCAGAAAGAGAUGCUUUGGUAUAACGGGAAGACACAGCCUCAGAUAUCAGGAUCGGAAGCCAAAGGAGCAGUUGGAAUCGACGCAUGGUGUGCUCAGGGCAUCGUCGGCCGAGGGAUCCUUCUCGACUACUAUGCUUGGAGACUAGAGCAGGGGAAACCUUACGAAGUCCUCUCUACCCACGCCAUCACAGUAGAGGAGCUGAAGGCCUGUGCCGCAGCCCAAGGUACCGAGCUCAAGGAAGGAGAUAUCUUGUUUGUCCGAUGUGGAUGGGCGGCUGUCUACGAGAGACUCUCAGAGGAAGACAAGAACGCUUGGUGCGAUAUGUCACCAACCAAAUGGGCAGGUGUGAAGACAUGCGUCGACACCGUGCGAUGGUUAUGGGAGACUGGAUUCAGCGCGGUCGCUGGGGAUGCUGGAGGAUUCGAGCAGAUUCCUUGGCCGAGUAAUGCGGAGGGCCUAGGGAAGUAUCAUCUGCACGAGAUCCUGCUUGGAGGAUGGGGUAUGCCAAUAGGGGAGAUAUUCAAUCUCGAACGGCUAAGUGAAGAGUGUGCGAAGCAAAAGCGAUACUCCUUUUUCUUAGCCAGUGUUCCACUCAACGUACCAAAUGGAUGUGCUAGUCCUCCAAAUAUAGUCGCUGUAUUCUAGGUAUCACAAUAAAGUCUUGAACCGGU